UGAGUCAAUGCUAUAUAUAUAUAUAUAUAAAGCUGUUUUUAAAGACUAAUCUCAGUUUGGUUCCAUUAAAAACCAUGGCGGGUACCGAAGAUCAUCAUCAACAGUGCUUCAUGGAGGUUGAACAAGGAUGGGCUGUGCUUCAACAUGGAAUUAACAAAUUGAUUAACAUCAUAGAAGGCAAUGAUGAUGAUAAAAAAAUCCAUCGUUUUUCAUCUGAAGAGUACAUGCGUAUGUACUCAAUUGUAUUUAAAUUGUGUGAGCCAAACCGGAGAGGCGGAAACUCUGAGGUAUUAUAUGAUAAGUACCACAAUUUUCUCAAACACUACAUCACUAGCAAGGUUUUGCCAUCAUUGCAAGGGAAAAAAGAUGAAGCUUUGGUGAAAGAAAUAGAGCAAAGAUGGUCAAAUGACAAAGUUAUGACCAGAUGGCUUACUAGAUUCUUUCACUUUUUGGAUAGAUACUUUGUUCCUUGGAGGAAGCUUCCUCCACUAGAACAAUCUACUCUUUUAGCUUUCUACAAUUUGGUAUUUGGAGAAUCCAAUCAUGAAAUCAAAGAUGCUGUAUUGUCCCUGAUUAAUCGAGAGCGUGAAGGUGAAGGUAUCGAUCAAGCUUUGAUAAGGAACAUUGUGGGUAUCUAUGUAGAUGUUGGGCAAGGCUCUAUGAAAUACUAUGAACGAGACUUUGAAGAUGACAUGUUUAAAGCUACUGCUUCAUUUUAUUCCACCAAGGCACCUAUCUGGUUAAAAACUGAAUCUUACAAGGAUUGCAUGCUUAAGAUUGAAUGUUGCUUGAAACAUGAAAGAGACACAGUUUGUUGUUAUCUGCAGAGCACAAGCCAUAAGAAGUUACUCGAGAUUGUUGAAUAUGAAUUGAUGUCUGUUCAUGAAAGAGAAUUGAAAGAGAAGAAACAGACUGAUGAAUCUGAUCCAUGCAUUGGAUGAUGAGAAGAAACACGAUACAUGGAAAUGCAGAUGUUUCUAUAUGAUUGAAACUUGCACCUCAAGCAACAAUAAAUAUAGAUAAGAAGAACCUUCCAAUAGAAAUUUUGAAAUAAAUUGUAAACAGAACAGAGAACUGUUAUUGGGAUAUCAGUGUUCCAACCUCUUCAAAAUGGUUGCCUAAUGAUUUCAAAACUCUAUAUAUACUUUGUUUUCCUCAGGCCCCAAAGCAAUGGAGCGAAAAAAAAUAUAGUACUAUAUGGAA